GGAGGGAUCAGGCUGUCCGCGGGCGGGGCCCGGGAGCGCCUCCGAUGGCUGCUAAGCAAGGGACUCCCGCCUCCGCUCUGAGGGUGCUUGAAGAAGCGUUGGGAAUGGACUUGACGGCUGCUGGGGACAGCGCAGAGGCGGUGGCCGCCGAGGGCGCUUACUACCUGGAGCAGGUCACCAUAACUGAAGCAUCUGAAGAUGAUUAUGAAUAUGAAGAGAUACCAGAUGACAAUGUUAGCAUUCCAGAAGGUGAAGAAGAUCUAGCAAAAGCAAUUCAGAUGGUCCAGGAACAGGCUACAGAUACUCAGAUUUUGGAACAGAAAACAGUCCUUCCUUCAAAGCAACCAACACCUGAAGUGAUAGAAGACUUUCUCUGCAAUUUCCUAAUCAAAAUGGGAAUGACCAGAACUCUCGAUUGCUUUCAGUCUGAAUGGUAUGAGUUAAUACAGAAGGGAGUAAUUGAACUUAGAGAUAUUGGGAGUGUUCCAGAUGUCUACACGCAGAAUAUGCUUUUAGAAAAUGAGAACAAAAAUUUGAAGAAAGACUUGAAACACUACAAACAGGCAGCUGAUUCAUUUCUCAGAAGUGGUGUUUGCACCAUUGGCCCUGAUGCUCACUGUGAUAUUGUAUAGACACCUAAUGGAUGCACUGGGAAUUUGACACAGCAAAUUUUUCAGAGUGCUGUCUGGCAUACUGUUUCAGUUCCUGAUCUUCUUUGAAUUAUUGCUUGAGUUUGCUAAUUUUCUUUUGAAUAGAUAGAGCCUCUUUUUGCAAUGAGUUUUGCCAUACUGACAUUAAAUAAUCAUUGUUGAUUACUGGUUGUUUAUUUAAUAUUAUAUUUAAUAACUAAUCAAAAUCAUAUAAACUAUUACCUAUGCAAAUUAUUAUCCCAUAAUUAAAACAGAUAUCACUGAAAUG